GUGCUGUUCAUGGUAUUGUUAAUAUUGAUUGUAAAAAAAGAUCUGAAGUGGAAAGUGCCACUUUUAACUUUCAUAUUAAAAAAGUAUCUGCCUAUGGAGUCGAUAAUGAUAUUAUGGAAGAAAUCCAUAAGUUUCCUCUUCCAUUCCAAAACUUACUUAUUAGAGAGGCUUGUAGUAUAAUUAAUAGACUUGAAAAAGGAAAAGGAACGCCGGGUUUAACUUCGCUCGAUUGUCACUGCCUUUUUUAUAAUCGACAUUUAUUGCCAUGCAAACAUAUUUUUCAUGAGAAUAUGUACGGUAAUAAGUUGCUAACUGCUGAAGUAUGGAAAAGAUUUCAGGAAAUGUUUGAAGAAAGUGGAUUCGAG